UUGUAGGAAUCUUCGUUUUCCUUGUGGUGGUCACUCGUUCGCGUGGUAUCACUGCAAAAGGGUGGUCGACGAAACAGUGAAUGAUAAUUGAUAGGUGUUGAAUUCCGAGAAGUCUGUAACGCUUAAUUACGACGAUCGUUAACGGGACAUUCGUGUUUGUUCGGUUGACAUUGAAACGUUCGAAGCGAGUGCGAAAUAUACGUUCACCGAUGUUGAAAUGAAGCAAAAGCGCGUUAUGUAUGGCGACUCGCGGAAAUUAUGUGAUAGGCCCGAGCACUACGAGCAGUACCCCUUACGGGCUCUGCUGUCAGUCGGAUUAAUGAUCAAUGGCUUUGUUUGAGACUCGAUACAUAAAUAAAGUGACGCUGGAUGAUACGGAAAGGCUGACGAGCGUCAUAGAAAAUGCAAGAACAAUCGACGGACACACGGAAUACGUGAUCAAAACGCAAAGAGGUCCAAUUCCAGAAAAUUAUUGGAGAGUCAGCAGACGUUACAAUGACUUUGUGCAGCUCAAUGCAGCUUUAUCAAUAUCAGCCAUUGAUCUGGCACUUCCUCCAAAGAAAAUUAUUGGUAAUAUGGAGCCAGACUUCAUAGCUCAACGUCAAAUAGCGCUACAGAAAUUUUUAAACACAAUACUAAUGAAUCCCAUACUGGCAUCGUCUCUUCCCAUGAAAAAGUUCUUAGAUCCGGAUAAUUACACAGCACCGUUACAUGAGAUAGCUCUACAACAGGUGUCGCUGGCUUUACGCAGUGAUGCCAAUUACGAAGUUAUUAAGGCCAUUCCUGACAUGGGAUGGCGAUUGAGGAAGCAUUACUAUACCGUUAAGAAUCGCCAAAACCCUAAGCAAGAAUUGCUGCUCGCGUGGGUAGAAUUCGGUCCGGACAAGCAUCUACAGGACAAAGAUAUGCAGGGGGUUUUUAAAAGUUUAGGAACUUUAAAGCACAAUUACGUAGAACCAAUUGUUUACCAACACGUGACGGACAACGGAGCGUUAACGAUAAGAAACUUCCAUCAGACGGGUACGCUGCGCGACACGUUAUGCGUAACUAAACCUAAGCAACCGUUUAUAAAAAAGUAUGGAAACCCGAAGCAAACCAAAUCUUUAACAGUGUCUGAAAUUGCAAUGUAUGGUUACCAGAUUUUGGAAGCUUUAAGAUUUCUUCACGAUAAGGGUUUACCCUAUGGACAUUUACAUACAGGCAACAUUCUUUUGACUCAAAGAUGCGCGAAAUUGUUAGAUAUAGAAAAUGGUCUAUUAGGCUUGCCUGCAUUUUACCGGCCCUACGUUGUACAAAGACGUAAACUUCACGCCACGACGCAGGUAGACGUUUACUCGUUUGGGCACGUGCUGUACGAGAUGGCGUUCGGUAGGCCGCUUCUAGAAGCAACCUGUUCCGAGUUCCCGUACUGCGAGGCAACCCUAAAAAGUUUGCUCGAGGUGAUCCUGUCGCCCGAAGCCCUGAAACAAGAUCUGCCGACGAUCUUACAUUUGUUGGACCACCCGUUUUUCGAACCAGCGAGACGCGCCGCGUUAGCCAUCGGAUCGAUGGAGAAACCUCACUUCAAAUUAAGUAGUCAUUUAAAAGAAGCUCUGCACGAGGCGGUGAACAAAGCCGAGCAAAGACUGAAAGACGAACAAAAAGUAGUUAGGCAUCAAAAAAGGCUUGUCAAAGUUCAGGAGCUGAUGAGCUCCGAAGAGGAGAUGAAGAAACGGAAACAGAAAUUGAAGAAGGAACAAAAACUGGCACAAGAACAACGUUCUGCGAACCAAUUGGGUACAAACGGGAUGAAGCAAGCGAAUGGCAAGAGUCCAGAACGUUCUGACAGUCCAAUAAGCACUUCCACGGCUACCAGCGUUGGGACCUUGACUCCACCGUCUUACCGUUCUGUAGAUGUGUCGCAAGGUGACGGAGCUCCCGGUAAAGGUACUAUUCCACCACCUCCGAAGCCACCAUCCAAUGGUGCUGCCGACAACUCACCGAACGUGACCAACAAACGUGCAGCUUUGCUCGGAAGUAUUUGUAACUUCAACAAAACUAGUCUUCGGAAAGUUGCUAAUGGACACCCGUGAGGCGUUUAAGUAGAUAAUCGAAAGGAAAUUGUUGAACGUUUUUAUUCUAGGGAUAGCACGACGCGGUCUGUACCACAAACGAUGCUAUAUUUUCUUUUUAUCAGUUGGAUAUGAUGGUGUUUAUAGUUUUUAUUCGAUCACGAUAUUUAACAGAACUUAUAGAUUUAAAUUGCAUAGGAUUUUAAUGUGUACGUUGCUGAAGCAAAUAGUCAUUAAUCGUGUAUUUACAAAGAAUCAUAUACAGAGUCAUGCUAUAUAUAUAUGUAUAUUAGCCGCAUGAAUCGUUGUUAGAAAUGGGCAACAUUUAAGUAUUAUUUGUUAUUUUUAUUUUUUCAACACCGUCCAUAGUCGGAUUUGAGGUUAUAAAAAGUUUAAUAGAAUCAUGGACAGAUUUUUAAAAAGAUGAUCUUUUAUAUAUAUAUCGUAUGCGUGUCUCAUCGAUGGCACAAAAGUCAAACAAAUCAAGUAUAUAUAUAUAUAUAUUCAAAUAAAAAAAAAAAAAAAAAUGAAAUAUAAUAUAAUCUUUCUGUCGACUCUAUUAUAUUUAGGGGUCUGGAGAAGUUUGUUGUAUUCGUAAAUUUUAUUCGUGAACACGAUACGGCAUUUUAAUUAUCAAUGUAUGUAGAUAGGAUGAUGAUUAUACAAUCUUUAUUACCAUAGGAUUUUAUUUGUAUCGAUCUGUGUUUUCGCAGUCGUGAUUUCUAAUAAAUUUGCUUCAUCGAUUUCUCGCGACGGAGCCCAGAGAGUAUGGAACGAUAAGUGAUAAGUUGAGAGUGAUAGCACCUAAUGUAUUACGUAAAUUUUGUCUCGUUAAUGUUAUAUACCGUUCUGUCUAUUCAAAGUUUAUGAUAUGUGUGACGUAUUAAUGUAUAGUCCUAUUAAGAAGUAUCCGCGAGCCUCCUCGUUCGUCUCGUAAACUUGAGAAUGUAUGUUGCUUUCUUUGUAUCGAUCGUCGAAUCGAAAACGCGUGUUCCCGCAAAGAGAGAAAAUGUGCCAAGAAAAACGUAUGCGAUCUUUCCGUUGAUGAGUAUCAAAAGAGAGAAGAAAAGAAAGAAAAAACAUUAGUGGUAAACGAGAACGUAAUCUAUUUCUAUAUGUCACAUACGGUGUAUGUAAGAUUUGUCUGUGAAUAUCGUAACGAAAGCAUGUAAUAUAGUCACAAUUUUCAUAUGUAACGAUUUUAAACGUCCGUGUAAAAGCUAUUCCUUGUAGAUUAAUAUGAACGUUUGUUUUAUCUACGAUCGUGGGAGUCGGAAAUAAAAUCAAUUCUAUAUAUUUAUUGAGGAAAGAAAUUUGUGGUUCGUAUAAUUCGAAGUUCUUCGUCGUAAACAGUAAAUACGUCAACAAGUUUUAUUAUCUUCUGUUUAUAAGGAACAUUAUGUUAGCUAUUGUGUAAACGGCCGUAACGCUGUGUAUAUCGAACGUUACUUCAAACUAUCCGCUAACGCAAGAAAUAAUUUAUCGAAACGAAAUAAUCGUGUAAAAAAAAGAAAAAGAAAAAAAUAGAUAUCACAUUACAUUUUCAACAAUAAUCUUGUUCGAUACGAAUUCGACACAAAAAAAAAAAGAUAGUUUUCAUGUAGGAGAUAUUUUACUACUCGCUACGAGAAUUUAAUAAAUACAAAAUAUGCAUAUCUUUGCAAUAUUUUUAUCAUUCAAAGUAUCUUUAACAUUAUAUUGUAAAUUCUCAGUAUAUCAAAAAUAUAUGUGCGUAUGCGAACAUCGCCGUUUAAAGUGUGACUGUAGUCGUCGAACACUACCAUAACUUGAUUCGAUCUUUCUCGACGCGAUAGUGACCAUUUCUUAUUUAAAAAAAAAACCGGUAAAUUGGGUGUUAGUUGAAUUUUACCUUAUUUUAACUUCCAUUCAAAAUCACAUUGCUCAUUAGUAUAUAAAAGAUUUUCUCGUUCCUCGUUUUUCUUUUUUUUUUUUAGUAUAUGCGGAAUAAGUUUAAUAAAUA